AUGUCUGUGACAUCUGGGACCUUUGGCGCGUGGUCCGUAUCGAUUUGUCAUCUCCCUUCGCCAUCUGUCUCCUCGGCGUUUAACCCUCCUACGUUCAACGCCGCGUGGGGAUCCCGUCGCGGGUGUGUGGUACUUACUCCUCGGACUGCUGCGAUACAUUGUCCUUGUCCUUGUGGGCCUGCCCCGAACUGCACGAGUUGCCCAUCUCGAGGCCUGGGCGGCUACCACAUCACAGUCCGCGGCACCCUCAAGUUUGAAAACACGCGCGCACGCGACCCCGAUGCACGCGCUCCGAAUCGCAUCGCACGCACCGACGCUGCCGAGGCGCCUAAUGUGGACGCGUCCGUUGGGCCGCGACGCCCGGCGGCGAAUAAUCGAUGCGCGCCGCAGAGCCGCGCGCGCACUUUCGCGCUACAAGCGCCAGGGCGUCCCGCGGCGUCGCCCGUGUCCAAUCGAUCGACCCAAACACACCCCCGCCCGAUUUGCAUGAAAACACGACACGAUACCUCU